UCAUGAGAGCAGGUGACAACAAGUCCCUUGUUAUAGUCCAACAUAAUAUCAAGAGGCUGUUUAAUAAACGGCCCCACCUUCAGCACAGUAUAUACUUAAAACCGAAAGUAUAAUGUUUCUUAUGAUAAUAAGAAGCUGACUGAAGCUCACUGCUCUCCGGACUCGGCGAGGAUCAGACAAUCAUUUACUGCAACUCAUCAGAUUCUUCAGUGACAGAUGGCUGAGCAAAUCCAGCCUUUCAAAAGUUUGUGAUGACGUCGUUAAAUCUUGAUUAAAGCAACAUGGAGUCUGAAAGAGGACUGAGCAGCAGAUGCACAACCAGAAAGAAGUCAGUGAUGGAGGAUCUGCCAGUGAAAAAAGGAGGAACUGGUGCAACAGAUGGUCAAGAGGAGGAUUCUCCUUUGUAGGAUGGUCAAAGACAAUCUUGAUAGAACAGUAGCAGAAAACAGUAGCAGAAAACAGAACCACGCAGCUGACACACAGAACCAAAGUCAACCCCCUGAGGAACAUGCAGGACCAGAAAGAGCCCGGAGCACAGAGAGAGUUCAACCAGAGAGCCAAGAGCCGACGGAGAUGCAGCCAGAUUUCCUGCACUGGAAAAAAUUCAACUUAAAGGGAGAACCUGAAACCUCGUGCGAGCCAGUCACUGAAGCUGAUGGUGAGCGCUUGCUCACACACCUCCGUCCAUUCAGCAGCCGAGAAGAGUACAAACUAGUGAAACGCACUUUCCAGCAGCUCCAACACAGUAGCUACUACUGGGGAUCAAUGACCAUGGAGGAGGCACACAAAAUACUCAAACGGGCACAACUCGGUACCUUCCUCAUCAGAGACAGCGGCCAGCCGGAUGUUUUCUUCACUCUUAGUUACCAAAGCGACGAAGGUCCGACUAGCGUUCGUGUCCAGCUCAACAACCUGCUCUUCGGUCUGUAUGGCAGCCACAGGACUUUUGAUUCGGUCUUCGCUCUGCUCACUUAUUACACCAGCUCAUACUGUAAACUGACAGCGCCCUAUCGCAAGCAGCGUCCGGAGCGCCUGAUGCAGAUGUGCAGGAGGGCUCUUAUGGACUCAUAUGGAGAAGGAAAAAUAAGCACCUUACCUGGACUCAGCCCUCAACUUAAAAACUAUCUUCAUGUGUACCCCUGUGGUAUAUAGACACGUGUGGACAGAGUGCCUGUUGCUGUUUCAAUGCAAUGUUGUCUGUGUUAUAAGUUAAACAAAUCUUCUGUAUUUGUGUCAUUCUUUAUUUGAUAAAUAACACAAAUACAGCUUGAGUAUUUAAUCUGCAAAUUGUUCAAGGGUUAUUUGCACACAUUAUCAUUAUGUUUUACAAAGUACUCAUAGUACAUCAGUUGUUUUUAUUAAUAACAAUAUCCUGUGUAAAGGGCCGUCCACACCAAGAACGAUAACUAUCACCAUAACUAUAAAUAUGUUGUUUUAAGUGUUUGGCCGGAGUCCACGCCACAACUAGAACGACAACAACCGUGGCUUUUCUCUGUGACUGUACCUGAACGAAGUAAACACUUGGAGCCACUGUUUACAGGACGUUGUUGUUGAUCAGUGUGGAUGCUCACAUCGUUGUCGUUAUAGUUGUCGUCUUUGGUGUGGACAGCCUUUAACUGCUGCAUCAAUGUCUCUAUAAUUCAUAUCAGUUGUAACGUCCAAAAAAAUUUAAUAUCUGCUGCUGUUUUAAGUUGCAUUAAUUGAUGUUUGGCCACUAGGAAGUAAAAAAAAACAUAAAAAGAAGCUGGCAUAUCACCAUCUUAAAAUGUCAGGGCUGAAGAAUUAGCAAGGUAUUAAUGUUUACUCUGUUUUAAAAGGAUUUAUAAGGCACCAUGAUUGCAAUUAUGUUUUUAAUCCUGUUAUCUCGUGGUUGUGAGUUAUUAUCUUGUCAGGACAAAAGAGUAUUUUUUGGGUCAUGCUGAGUUAAUUAUGUCAUUAUCUUGGCAUAAUAACCAAAUAAGUUGGUUUCUCUGGACAAAUACCUACUUUUCAUGAGGAAGCAACAGGUUGUUGUCUUGAGAUAAAUUAUGGAUUAUUCACAAAAUUAGAGCCAGUAGUCUACAUAUCUUGUAAUCCAGCUAAUGUGCACAUCUCAUACAAUAUUCAACAAUACCAACAGGAUUACAGUAUUACAUGUCUGAUUUGAAUGAAGAUGUCAUAAGAAAAAUCUUUUGUUUUCUUGAAAUAAUUAACCUGGCAUUAUGAGAAAUCAACUUUGUGAUCCCAAGAUAAAGCUUCUUAGCUUCUGUAGUUAUGGUCGCCACUAACUCCUCAAUAAUAUCUGUCUGUGCUAACUUUUGUUUUACCAUCUAGUGAGUUAGUGGUCUUCCUCGUCGAUGAGCCUCAAUUAUAAUGUAAGUAAAAGUCUGUUUUAAUAUUGGCUAACAAUAUCGAUUAAUGCAGAUUUAAAGUUUGGAUCGGCUAUUCAUCAGAUUUUGAAAUCAUUCUGCAUGUGUACUUACUGUGUGUACUGUGUAACAACAUUUAUUACAAGAGUGUGGCACUUUGCAAAAUGUGGUUCAUGUUGAAUAAAUUAAAAUCCUUAAUCUAAAAGCUAAAAU